AUGGAUUUAGUGAGUUCAGUGCGACUACCUAGUGUGUUCGCGCCUAAGGAACACUUUGAAAAAGAACAGUAUGUGCGGGUCUGUUUCCCCAACGGAAGAGUUGAGAUUGGUGCAGUGAUGGGCAUCUCAGAUGAUUUUAUAACUGUGUAUACUACACAAGGGUACGACAUAAAUGUGCCAAGACAUUUCGUAAAGCGGGCGUUUUUGCUUGUGUUGGACUUGAAUGGCGUCCUUGUAGCGCGUGGGCGUGGCUGUUUCCUGCAUCGCCCACAUGUCAAGGAGUUUCUGAAGUUUGCUUUUUCAAAUUUCGUCGUCGCGGUUUGGACUAGUGGACUAGAAAGGUCUUCGAAUCUGAUUAUCGAAAGUGUCUUUGAUGGCUAUCAAGACCGUCUUCUUUUUAAGCUGUACCGCGACGCGUGCGUCCCGCGACCCACCGAAGAAAGCCCAUUCGGCACCCUGAAGGAUCUCCAAAAGGUCUUCGACGCGUAUCCCAAGAGUUUCCAUAGUGUAAACACAAUUAUCGUGGACGAUUCCCCAUGCAAGUGCUCGCACCCGGACAUCGCGCUCUGCCCGAUCCCUUUCAAAGACGCCAACGCGCAGCGCGAGGACGACGGCCUUUUGGAGGCCAUCGAAACGCUCCAGGAGGUUCUCGACUCGGACUCCCACGCGCCGUUGAUUCGUGCGGCCGAGGGGCGCCUGGCACGACUGGCGCGACAGGAGCAGGUGGAGGAGUCGUGCCUGCCCAUGAGUGGUGCAGGGGGAUGCCCUCCAACCCAAAGCGAGGCGGGGGUUUCCCGACCCGGGGCGGAGCGGGGGGGAGGGCCGGAGGAUAGGGGCGUCCAGCUCGAGCAGGUGAAUCUGUGGAAGUCGCGGUUGUGCUGCCAGCACCUACGCGGCUGCUGCAGACAUGAGAACUGCCGCUUUAGUCAUGACCCUGACGACGGCAAGAGAGCGUGCUCUUCGAAGAAUUACUGCAUGCAUGGACAUGCGUCGCGGUGGGUCACCACCGUGGCGGAUGUGGCUAUCGAGUUUGAGAGGCGGGCUUCUGACGAAACCCAUCAUUUUUGGCGGCGUAGAGGCAGAGGCGCGAGGCGCACCUCAUAG